GGGGGGGGAGGAGCGGCGACAAGAGCCAUACAGAGCAGACCGUGACACCACCUGCGUCUCCUCGCCCUGAACCAAGACGUGGACGGACAUGCAGUCCCGCUGAAGGAAAAGCGACACCAAGGAGGACGCGCCACCCACGUAGUCGCCCCCCACGAACUCCGUCGAAUCCUGUUAAUGGUAGCAGCGGGGGGGAUCUACGGCUACUUGUCAACGGGGAGGCGGCCUGGGCACCGCUUCCCCAGAGGCUACACCCGCAAGUACGCCUGGCGUCGCAACUAAGUGAGUGGCGAGAUCCGGCGCGCGUGGCCGAGAUCCGAGAAGCCGCACAGGAUCCGGUAGGAAACGCAGAAAGAGACGGACGCUGGGGCAGAGGCAGCAAGCCGUCUUUGAGGGGAGGAUGGCAGACGAGGAGUACAGUGAGCAGAAAAAGGAGGCGAGGCAACAUGCUAUGGUCCGCAGAGAGCGAGAGAUUGCCGAAGCUGAACGUGACAAGUUGGAGUCUGGAGGCAAGCGGACAGUUGAAUUCCGGCGUCGAAGUUGCGGUGGAAAGCUUGGAACAGCUGGCUCUCGCUCCGUCAAGCGGAGUGCAGCGCGAAGACAGUCUGAUCCUGGAGUUAGGAAUACUCAGAUCGGAGCCGAGAAAAAAACACGCAAGAAACCUUGUAGGCGUGCGGAGUGCGGUUGGUUCACAAACAACCCGGGUCUCGAAUGCAGCAUGUGCCCCUCAGGCGUAGUGCACGCCGUCAGUGACAAGCUAUGCUCCGCAUGCCAUAGGUCGGAGGGCUUAGCUGGCUUCACGCACCUCAGAGGGCCACGGCUUGAACGAGCGACACGGUUGUUUUUGGCCGAGUACCAAGAAGGAGAGGGGGAGCUGCCUCUACCUCUCGUGCGAGGAUUUUGUCCCAGCAACGACUGCAUUUGCCAACGCCGAGAUUGUUUCUACGGUUUUCUUCUCGAGAGGGAAGCAAAGCCGGAGCUCCGAACAUGUAGCGUGUGCAAGAGAGGGUACCCUGUGAAGGACCAGACGAGGUGGUACAGUGUGGACGUCGUGGACGAUAACAUAACGGAGGGUGGUGGAUCAGGACGCACACAAGCUUGGUACUGCCAGGCCUGCAAUCAAGCUCGAAUCCGGGCCAUCGGAGAAGCUACUCAACAAAAGGUUGCGGCAUCGAGCAACUCGGGCCGACCUAAAGCCGAUGAACCGGCGCCGGAGAAGCCGUUCAGCUGGGUGCGCGCGUUGGUGAUUCAAGCCGUAGCUCGCGGGGACAUCCUUUACUGGGAGGAUGUGUUCGAUUGGCUCUCAGCUGAGCGCGCAAAGGAUGGUGACCAAGAACUUGAGCGUAGGAGCGGGCGGAAGGCCGUGCGCCAGAUGUUCGAGAGCAUCGCGAGCGCUGAUGGGAGCCAAGCGCGGGUGGUCAGCAGCGAGGGGGGCUUUGGAGACGGGCGCCAACGACUACUGUGUCUCUUCCCGGUCAACGCUCGGGACGAGGUUAUCGCAUCCCUCGCCCUACGGGCGCGCCUGGCGAACACGUUCGAUGGUCCGAGCACGCCCGCAAACGCCACGUCCGGUGGAAAUACGUCCCUGCAGAUCGUGAGGCGUCUUCUCGAAGAAGCGAAAGAGGCAGACGCGAGGAUGGAGAUCGCGCGUGCGGCGGCAGAAAUUGUUCGGGCCGAUGUCGAUCAGCAUCAUCCAGAUCUCAAGAAUGCCCGCAUCCGACGGCAAAAGCACAAGUACAGCGUGGAGUUGGCCGCACCCGGGAAACCAGUGCGAGAUGCCCUAGCUGAGAUGCCCCCGACAUUGGUUGGACUCUUCCAAGGGAGUGAGGAUCCCGGCCGGGGCUGGGCGUGGGAUGAAAAAAAACAGACGGUCCACAGCCAAUCGCAGCGGGGAAUGUACGGCGAGAGGAUGAUGGGAGCGAUGGAGCCGACGCGCUUGAAAGAGCCGCCUGUGAGCGGCAAGCGAGGCUUCGCACGGCGUUUGUACAUGCUUUGCAAGUGCACGGUGAAGGCGAUUUUUCCUGGUCGACACUUGACAGCGGCGGACAUCAAAGGUGCUCAGUGGGCGAAGUCAAAGGGGACCUGCCGGCAGGUUAUCGACUUUGUAGCAGGGCACGGCUUGUGGGCUACGACUUCACCAGUGCAGCAUCGAGAGGACUAUCAUGCGAAGGUCGUUGAGGACAAGGAUAUUCUCCCCAAGGGGGCCCAAUGCGCGGCGAUUGCAAACGACAACUGCGAUCACGACCCGCGGGUCGGGGCUGANUGCGAUCACGACCCGCGGGUCGGUGAGCGCCAGGGGGAAGGACCGCAUAUUUCGUUCAUAUCCGCAACAGCUGUGACGGUGGGGGACAAUGUGGGUAGGAUCCAAGACGCCGCUUCGCUCAGGAGACGCAGAUCUCUUACGGUGGAUCAGAUUACAAAGGGGCUGAACCAAGAGGAGGGAGACCGGCGGUUCAAGGAUUUCGAGCGGACACUUCGCCGCGCCGCCGUCGACAGUGUGUUGAGCAGCUCAAGUGAGGAUAGCCCUUGGACAUGCGUCGAAUCUGAACUCCGCAAGGUAUACCGUUCCCUAUUCGUGAUGGAGGAUGGGGUGUGGACGGUGGACAUAGAGCAGAGCAUCAAGCUUCUCGCGACCAUUUUCUACUUCAGGUACGAGGCAGCAUUUGCCGGUGUUGCGACCACUCCAGGCGAUCUGCUCCGCAGCGUGAAUGACAGCGUCAGGAACUACGUGGACCUCAUCCGAGUGGCCAUCGUCAAGCUUGGCAAGAAGAGGACGACAGACACCUGCCCGACUUAAAGGUCGAUGCGCGAGCAAUGCCUGAGGAUGAAAUCUGUCGACGGGUACGGGCAAGAUGGAUUCAAAGACCACAUGCCAGAACGAGACUUCAACGGAAAGGGUUGGGGUAUCAACCCCAAGGCGAAGGGCAGUAACGCGUCAGCACUCACAGGAGAGAAUUGCGUUACGUGGAUGUCGGAGCAUGCUUACAUCGGNAAGAUGGUCACGAUGACGUGCGGUUGCGACCCGGUGAAGGCCUUAAAGCAUAACUGUAGGGGGUGCGGGUGCAAAGGGCGCAAGUGCUCCCUCGCUUGCGGCUGCAGGGGCCGUUGCCAUUUGGCUCGCAAGCCUGUACCCGGUGCACCGACCGGCCAGGCCACGUACUCCGGUCUUGCCGGUGCUGCACACUCCGCAGUCGUUGCCAGCGCCAUGACGGCUCUUCUGGCGUCCCGGAACGCUAGAACGGGCGAGGAAGAGGAAGACCCGGACGAUCCCGGUUCGGACGAUGACGACACCGGCCGUU